AGUGGGGGCGGGCCACCGUCUCAACAUUAAUGCAUCACUCGUGUGUGCUGCCGAAAUACACCGGGUUGAAGAAAAUCACGUUCAGACCGAGUAAUUUAAUCAUGUCUGCAGUUUUAGCAAGACUGUUCUUUUACCCUACACUCGCCUACAAUGUCAUCAUGGAGAAGGUGUCUUCACGGAGGUGGUUUAACCGUGUGGAUGAAACGGUCCUGCUUGGAGCACUGCCCUUCAGAUCCAUGACCAAACAGUUGGUGGACUCUGAAAACGUCCGAGGAGUUAUAACAAUGAAUGAGAACUAUGAGACCAAAUACUUUUGUAACUCUGCGGAGGAGUGGCAGGCUGCUGGGGUGGAGCAACUGAGGCUGAGCACGGUGGAUCUUAUCGGUGUUCCUACUUUAGAGAAUCUGCACCGAGGAGUUGAGUUUGCUUUGAGACACAGAGAGAAGGGAAACAGCGUUUAUGUUCACUGCAAGGCCGGACGUUCCCGCAGUGCCACACUAGCUGCUGCAUACCUCAUACGGCUCCACUGUUGGACCCCUGAGGAAGCAUGUCUGAAAUUGGCGUCUAUCCGGCCCCACAUUAUGGUGCAUACGGCCCAGUUGGAGAUGCUGAGGAAAUACCAUCUGCAGGUGUGUGCUCCUUCCCAACAGAGGUGAAGCACCGACUGCUGGACAGAUUGACUCGGCCAUACUUAAUAUUGGUCUUUUGGUUUUGGUCUCCUCUUGGUACCGUUUUGUACACUCCGUGGCAAGAGAGCAUAAUUAUUUAGAACUUUUUUUUUUUUUUUUAAAUCACCAUUUUCAAAGUUUUACUGCAUUGGUCAUAUUUUUAGUUGUUAAUCCAAUACUGUACAGCAAAAAAUGAACAUAUAUUGAAAGAUUCUUAUCCUGGUGGUUUUUGCUUUGCAGUCUGAAAAAUAUAUUUUGUUUUGAGGGGUGAAGUAAUUCAAGUUAUUAAAUGGAACAUCAGUCAUAUAUACCUUUCAAAAUGUCUCGAGUGAAUUCAAAAGGGAUUUCCUUUAAUAUUUUAUACACAACAGUUUUACGCACAACAGUGCAUUUUUUUUAAUGUUUUCACAUUUCCUAUUGUUUAGUGUGUAGUUUGAAAUACUGCCAUUGUUUCAUGAAUAAAAUAUCAAAAUGCUGCCUAA